AUGGCCGCUACUAUGCCUAAUCAAGUCGAUGUCGCAAUACGCCAUAUAUCCCAGUGCAACUUCCUCGACCUUCCCGGAGAGCUCCGAAAUCGCUUCUACAGCUUCAUCGAGGAGGAUGACUCAACAUCCAUAUAUCUCACCGAACGUGGAGGGCGGCGCCUCUUGCCCUGGUUCUGGAUUCUUCAACGGCGCCAGUUCUUAGGCCUCACGCAGACAUGCCGUCACCUCCGCCGCGAGUUCCUUCCCUUGUAUAUGGCGCGGACACAGAUCUGGAGCAACAUCACCGAGCUGCAGGCGUACAUGAGGACAUUCUUUGGCGGCUCCGCGGAAGUAGUGGGAAACUUCGGCAUCGACGUGCGUGGUAAAACGAAUAACCCGGCCGUAGACAUCACCAGCUUGAUCCAACGCUGCCAUACGGCGCCCAAUCUCCGCGUGACGCUUCGGAGUAGCAAUUUCAACGAGAAGGCGUUUAGCACACUCGUCGACGUCAGGGGAAAGACGAAAUGGGGGGAUUACUUCAGUACUGUGGUGGAGAAAGUAGCCGUCUGGCCAGAGAGACCGGCGGAGGGGUUUCCGGCUCAUGUCGUGGUCUCCGUUAAGCCAGAGCACGGCGAGAGCUGGAUGCUGCAAGGUGCAUAUGAUAUUGGCGCCCCGGCCAGUGUUCGCUGA